AUGAAUAACGAACAAUUUCGCCGGCUAAUAGCCGACCAGUCAUCGUCAAAACCCGCGGGCCAGAGCCCAGCGCCUGGUCGGGAUGCAUCGCGUGGCGGCGCAACCCCAGGUGGGUCCCUGGGAUCGCGAAUGCGGUCCAGUAUUCCCAUGACCCCACGUUCAGUUGGUGUGGAUUUCGCUCGCCAGCUCUUCGAGCAACGCCGCGAGGGCGAUCGACCUUCCAAGCGAUUCAAGUCCUCCGCCGCGCCCAAGGGUACCUCGCUACCAACUGGAUAUCAGGAUCGUGCAAAAUUACGCAAUGCAGAGGAUGAGAGCAGCACAGGCCUGGAGGCGCGCAUCAAGGCAUUAGAGGAUAUGGUUAAGUUGGGACAAAUCGACCAGGCUACCUUCGACAAACUCCGCCGAGACCUCGGGGUUGGAGAAGACGUAGACGAGGAAUUUGAGCGUCUGAUGGAAGAGAAGGGCCAACAAAAGAGUCUGGAAGAGCUUGCUGCUGCACCAAAGGAACAUAAAGAAAAGAAGAAGGGGACCAUGGCACCGCCGCCUGCUAGGCCCAAGACCCGCGAUGAAAUUCUGCGGGAGUUGAGGGCGAGCCAUGCUGCCGCUGCCGCGCCUGCUCCGCCGCCAGAGUCCAUACUCGGCUCAAAAUUCAAGAAGCUGAGCGAUGGGAAGCCCGAGAAGAAGCGGUUUGUGGAACGUGAUGAGACCGGCCGUCGACGCGAAGUGCUCCUCAUUACUGAUGCGCAAGGAAAUACGAAGAGGAAGACUAGAUGGCUUGAUAAGCCGAUUGAAGCGUCUAUGCCUGCCACGGGAGACCUUAUGAUGCCCGAUAAGAGUCUCGCACCACUCGGUAUGGAAGUUCCAGCUGAUAUUGCUGCCCGUGUUGCUGCACAAGUGACACCCGAGGAUGACGAUGACGAUAUCUUUGCCGGUGUCGGUGAUGAUUACAAUCCUCUCGCCGGAAUUGAAGACGGCUCAUCAUCUGAUGAAGAUGGUGAAGUUGCAGAUUCGACUAUUCGCAAACCUGAAAAGGCUUCUGUCACCGAAGAGGAGAAAAAACCUACCGCCCCCGAAACAGCACCUGGGAAACCCAAGAAUUACUUUGCUACUGGGCCCUCGACUGCAGCAGAGGAGGAGCCCGUUGAUCGAUCCAACCCCCUCACUAAAGAUCCAACCAUUCUUGCUGCCCUCAAGCGAGCAGCAGCCCUCCGACAGAGCUCUCCCUCGGCAGAGGGCGAACCAGAUCAGUCUUCUGAGACAGUGCUUCGCCAUAAGCGCUUCAUUGAAGAGGCACGCCGCCAAGAGGCCAUGGAUGCCGCAGAUAUGGAUAUGGGUUUCGGAGGAAGUCGCAACGAAGACGGAGAAGAGGAGGACGAUGGUCCCCUGCUCGAUUUUGAUGACGACGAGCGAGGCGGGAAAAAGAGAAAGCGUGGGCCCAAGAAGAGGAAGGGUGACAAAGACAGUGUCUCGGAUAUUAUGCGUGUUGUCGAGGGUCGCAAGAAGGAGGCUUCAUGA